AUGGGGUGUCGGUUUGAAUUCGAAUCUAACGCAGCGAAUGAAGCAUCAACACUGGGAUGGGGCACACGCGUCAAGGGAUUCAUCGUGUGUUUUGUGUCGGGCGUCUUGUGUUCAGUUUUGGGGACCUGCUUGCUUUGGGUUCCGAGAAGCGGGCUGACACUCUUUGCAGUAUUUUACAGUUUAGGUAAUAUUGCUUCUCUUUUAAGCACAAUGUUCUUAAUGGGUCCAUUAAAGCAACUCAAGAGGAUGUGUGACAAGACGAGAGCUCUGGCAACUGGCCUUAUGAUUACAUGCCUGGUGCUAACCUUUUGUGCUGCUUUUUGGUGGAAGAACAAAGGCCUUGCCCUGCUGUUCUGUAUCCUCCAGUUUUUGGCUUUUACAUGGUAUAGCUUGUCCUACAUUCCUUUUGCAAGGGAUGCAAUUAUUAAGUUGUUCACCGCGUGCUUCAAAUGAGAUGCCUCUACAUUUGGCCUUGGCUCUCUCUCUGUGUGCUGCUUUGGCUCCAGCUUCGGUGCUGCCUUCAAUGCCACUCGUGUACUCACUCUGCAGCCUGGCACAGACACCACACCACACUACAGGCUCCCCUUACUCUCCCCAACGGAUGGACACUCUCCAUCUGUGUGAACAAGCACACACAGACAAGUACUCUCUCUCACACACACACACACACACACACCUGUGCUUUACAUUCAAGUAGAAAACUAUGAAGAAUGAAACAAAUACCCAAGUAACAAAUCUUAUUGGGUAAACGGUUGAGUUUCGGACUCUGUCUUGUAACUGUAGUGACAUGUUUUAUGCAGCAACAUGGGGUAGCUUAUUUUACAUUUAUCUGCUGCUGUGUAAUUGCUUAAUAAUUCCUUCCUACGUGCCUUCAUCUCUGCCUUCAUCCAAGGAUUACUCGAGGACUAGAUUGGGUAGAAAUGUAACCAGUGUUUGCGUUUUUUUUAGUAUUUAGAUUUAUUUCUUUUUUUUUUUGCAAGAACAAGAUUUCUAAGUAAUUGUUCCAAUUAUAUUUUAGUUCAGAAGUUAUCUAUAAUAGGUAAGUGAAAGGAUGUCAGAAAUGUCUUAUUAGAUAAGUCAAAUAUUAAACACUCAUUAGGGUGGCAAUGAAUAUCUUUAGGGUUCAUUUGUCUUCAAACAACCCUAUUUCUUUCUUUGAAUUUAGGUGCAAAAUGAUGUGAUGAAUGUUUCAUAUGCCUGUCCUCAUAUUUUCAAAUCAUGUCUGGCACAUUUCCUUUGAACUGUAUUGAUUUAAAAAAUGACAGUGGUAGUUUUUCUUCAUUAC